UUUGCAGUGAGACCUGAAACUCCUUGGGUAGGACAUGCUCCAAAACUGUGCACACGUUUAGUGGAACACUCGUCUCAUCACCAUUUUCAGCUCUGUACUUCACGCAGAAGACUUAUCAUAACUGAAAAUGACCAACAUGGCUUUCAACAUACUUUUUGUGGCACUGUUGUCACUCACCAAGAGCCAUGCGACCCCAAUGUUCUACAACAUUUCCAUGGAUGGCAGUGGAGACGAUGCACUGGAGCUCAUUUUCCCCACGUCCUUCUCCACUCGAGCCCCUGUUGAAGUCACCGGCAGCACAAAGGCGCCAUCCUUCACUGAAACCAUUACCAACACACUCACCACCACCAUGGUCCGGCUCAAAGACUUUGUCUUGAGUCGGGUGGUCGACUUCCUACAGGAGAACCUGCUCAUCAUCAUUGUCGUCACCUCUGUGCUCAUCGUGAUGGUUUUCAUAAUCUGCUGUGCCUCAGCCAUGAGCCACAAACGGAAGCUCGAGUCGUACAAGCCCCUUCCCAGCCCCCCUAAAAAGUACACCGCAGAUAAAAAGGGGGGUAGAAAGAAUUCAAGUGAUUUUUAUGAGAGGCCUUUUGCUGUUGAUCAUGUCAAGAAAGUUCACUCUCAGGCCUUAGCCUCACCCAAAACACUGCGUGUCCCCUCCAAGGCUCUGGUAGGCGAGAAGGGAAGGGAUGUUCCAUCCUCCCCCAGACAGGAGACGAGGAAGACCAGAGACACAGAAGGGGUGGAGAGACGGCGAGAGGAACCCCGGCCCAGAGAGCAGCCCAGGGAGCAGCCCAGGGAGGACAGAAAAUACAGGCAGGACAUGGCCUAUGACAGAGCCAGCCCUAGCUCUAUCUCCAGUCAGCCUGUCUGCACCUGCCACCUCAGGAAGGCCUACCAUUAGAGCACAAUCACCAUCACUUGGGUCACCAUAGUAAAGUAUAACAACUAUCAGCUGAAGAGAAAUAAAAGAAGGUACAGUGACCCAUUUUGACACCAAGUCAGUAGUUUCAUGAAGAGGCUAAGUUUUGGAUGAACCAGAAUAGUGCAGCAGUAAAUCAUGUUUCAGCUAUAGAUAAGAGAAAAAAAACAUCUCCCUGCACUAAAGAAAUCAGUGUAUUAAAGACACAAUGAUGAAGCCAGUUACAGGCUCAUGAGCAGAGUGCUCAAAACUAAACAACUGCAAAUAAAGCAGAGUGAAAUAAUUGUACUGACCUGCUGUUUUACUUUUUUCAUAAAGCCAGUAUUAGUUUUGCUUGGAAAAAGCCUUUUUUUUUUUAAAAAAAAUAAUUUAUGCUUUGACAAUUUUAGUACAUUUUAGUAAACUUUUACAUAUUUUGUUUGUUAUUGGUUGCUUUACAUAAAAUAUUAAUGUAUUAAAUAGGAUUUUACAUGUAAAUCAAGUCAUAAAUAUUUAAUCAUUUUUAACUGAGUGACAUUAAAACCUCAGGCAAGUGUCCUUACAAAUGCCGAAUGCUGCCACUGUAAAUGACCACUUUGUAUUCU